AUGCCGGCCUUUUUCUCGCGAGUCUUUCGCAACAAGGAUGCCAAUGCUUCCAAGAAGCAGUCCAAACCCUCCACCGCCACCGAUUUGAUUCCCGCGAAGCCCAAAUGGGCCGAUGCCUGGCUACGGACAGAAGUGGCCCCCGAGGAGGUGCAGGAUCUCAUUCGAGGCUGUGCGCAUGAAUUGAAAGCUCGAGCUCUCGAUACCCCAUUCCUCCUCCUGCCAUUCCGUCCAAGCUCCGAUCCUAGCGCCGCCCGCACGUUCGUUCGAAACUACUUUAACCAGUCCUUUGACAAGGGAGCCCCCGUCAGUGGAGAUGAGUUGAUGCAGGAGUUGCGGCUUACGGAGCCGAUGGUGUUGUGCGGUGUGAUGAAAUGGUGCUGGAGCCGAUUGCCCGGCGGUGUGGUUACAUGGGAGGCUUAUGAACUGUUCAAGGUCGGCGAACAAGAUUCGGAUUUGGCCCGUGAUGCAUUCUCCACGUUUAUCCCCAUCAGUGUCGACUCCGAUGCCCGUACUAAGAUUAUCUUCGACUUCUUCGAUCUUUUGGCUGCCAUUGCAGCCCACGGCAAAUCAAACGGUCUGGGAGGCCGUAAGCUCUCUCGAUAUGCUGGAUGGUGGGCUUUCGAGCACAACGACACUGGCAAUGGCUUCGAGGCCUCCUAUAAGAAUUGGGCUGCUGCUGCCGAUGCCACAAGCCACAUGUUCUUUGCCUACCUUCGCUCCCUCUCCCCUGAUAUGCCUCGCGGCGUGACUGGUAUCUCGUCGCUGCCUAUUUCCCUUCAGACUCUCGUGGAGGCCACCGAAUAUCCUCCCGAAACCCCGACUCUGCUCCAGGUUACCACCACUAAAGUUGUUAUGAUCGUCGAUACCGUUUCACCUACGCCUUUUGCUCUGCUGCGCCGAGCAAAGAACUUUGAGUACCGCGACGAGCACUGGCACCUGCAAGAGUUUGCCAACUACGAAGACCCCGUCAAGGCCCUGACGGAUGAAUGUCUGCGUGUGCUAAAAUGUAUUUCUUCUACUAACGAGUCUAGCGUGUCGAGCUCGAAACAAUCUACCAGCUUGCGCGACGCCUCGUGGUCCCGCUUCGAAGAUAUCGGUUUCGGCGGUUCCAUCGAGUCGGACGGGGAGGAUGAGGAGAACAGACCCUCGGUAGCAAAGAUCGAGCCGCUCAGCGGUAUGAGAACCGCUCCCCAGUCGCAGGGUGGAGACUUGGGCCGCCCUACGACUCCGUCCUGGGCAGAUUUCAUGUCGUCUGGCUUUACGGACGAGGCAAACCUCAAGGGCCGAGUUGGCCCCCUGCUUCUACCGCCAGACAAGGUCCUCCCGCCAAUUGCGGCCACCCGUGGCCAGAGCUCGCAGUCGCACAAGCGCAAUCUGAAUACCGAGCCCUCUCUUGAGCCAGCUGAGCUGGCCAGCAUCAGCUCUCUGGAUAUGGAUGAUUCCUUUUGGUGGGUCUGGAUUACUAGUCUCUCUGGUGACGAGCCCGGUGCUCGCAAGGCUGUGUUCGGUCGUUGCGCCCUUGUCGAGACUCGUAUUCGUGACACCAAGUGGCUCGUCUUGGAGGAGCAGAUCAAGGGUGCUGCCCCCGAGCCGGACGCGGGUGCCCAGAUUGUCGAGAAGAAGCGCUUCUUCAGCUUCGGCAGCCGCAAGGGUGCUGGCAAGUUGAGCCGUAGCAAGUCGUCAGCCAAGAAGAUUUCCUCUUCGAUUGAAGAAUCCUACCAGCGACCCAACAACCUGGCUCAACAGAGCAAGACCAGCAUUGGGCCCGACCAGCACAAGAGGAUCCAGGCCGCUGCCGCCGCUCUGCAGAAGAAGCAUCGUGAGCAGGAAGCCGAGGCGAACCAAGCCCGAAAUGGCCCCGGUAACGACACUCGCUCGACCAAGACUAACUCCGUUAUGACGCUGCAGCCUGCUAUUGUGAACGAGGCCUCCUCGGCCAUGAAGUGGGCGAGCAACUACGACAAGAAUGCUUUCCGUGCUGCCUAUUUGAGCAACAGCCGCGCUGGCACUGGUGCUGUGAGCGAGGGUGCCAACGGCGAGUCCAAUGGCACUCAUGUCGAGCGGCCUAUCACUCCUCCUGCUCCUCUCCCGACCAGCACUGCUAAGAAUGGCCCUGCCCCACCCCCGAAGGACACCGGUGCUUUGGUCACGCCUCUUCCUCCUUCCCCCGAACCUGUUCACCAGGAGCUUGCCAAGGAGCCUGUCGCCGAUGAGAAGAAAAAGAACGUUGCAAAGACUGUGGUUAUCGAGGACCCUGCCGAGUCUCAGCCCAAGCAAUCGAUUGACGAGAGUGGCAAGAAGCUCAAGAAGAAGACUGGCAAUGCCGGCUUCAAGAACAUGUUUGGCGGCAAGAAGAAGACCCUCGAGCAGGAGCAGCAACCGCCCCUGAAGACCACCGGUGCUAAGGAGACCUCCGCGGUGGCCGCUGCUCGUGCUGCCCUUGAGGCCAAGGCUAAGGAGUCCCAGGACGCGGUCGCCCGAUCCUCUCCCGCCAAGCCCAGUGCCAUCAAGAAGAAGCCCAUUCCUGCUGCCGCGGCCGAGGCCACUCCCGCCCCUAUCUCAGCUGCAGCCCCUGAGCCGGAGGCCGAGAAACCCUCGACUCCUCACCAGAACCCCGAGCCCGCUUACGAGGAGCCCCAGGCCCCCUCUCAAGUGAUCCAGGGUAGCGGUAGUCCCCCCAAGACGCGCCGCGGCGUUGAGUACGACGCUCUCUCUCGCGUUGGCACCAACGAGGCCUAUGCCGCCGACCAGGAGUUCUCCAAGUUCGACCAGGGUCCUCUCGUUGAGCAGCCCGCCUUUGUCCCCGAGGACUCUCCUGUGGAGGAGGCGCACCCUAAGGAAGACGUGCUCCCCAAGUCACCAACCAACGGCAACGGUCACAGCCACGAAGGGAAGCCCGAGGUUGUAGCUGAAAAACCCCAACCCGGACGCUUCACCAGCACGGAGGACCGCUGGGCUCAGAUCCGCAAGAACGCGGCUGAGCGUCGUGAUGCCCCCACUGCUGCUAGCGAGGAGCCCGAGGUGCGGACCAGCCAGUCCGAGCGCACCGACGAGGGCGAUACUAGCGGCGAGGAAACUAUCGAGUCGCGUGUCGCCCGUAUCAAGGCCCGUGUUGCUGAGUUGACCGGUAACAUGGAGGGUGCUCGUUAA